GCAUGCUCGCCUCCAGCCUGGGAAAACCGUGGGAAUCGUUCCAGGAUAAACGAUCUCGGAAGUCUCUCUUGCUCGAGCUCUCGGGGUGGUUUAUUAGCAUGUGGGGCGGGAGAGGAUUUCGAGGAAUUUUGACGGCUGAUCGAUUAUUCGCGUUGCAGGAGGACACAACUCAGGAGGGCAAACAAGCAAAGUAAGCAGGCAGGCAAAUUUACUUGACACAGCGGUGCAAAGAGAACAGACAGACAGGCAUGCAGAGAGAGAGAGAGAGAGAGAGAGAGAGUCAGGUCAUAUCAGGGCAGGCAGGCAGGCGUUACCUCGCUUGGACGUGCUGUCGGCGGUGUUAAUAAAUCCAGGUACGGCAAUCACGAGAACAAAGAGUCCACAGUGUAGCCAAAACAUGUUUACGUCUUAACAACAUUGUUUAAUUCCAUUUUACGUGACGCUCGUGAAACACUACUACGAUGGCGUUGGUGCUCAUGUCGCGCAUAAUUCAGCGGUACUACCUGGUCGCCGGUCGGAUCAUGAGUACACGACUGAACUGUGACUGGGUUACGCGCGGGUUCGGCCGUGGAAGAGGAGAGCGGAUAGACGGACAGAGAGCGAGAAAGAUGAGAGAAGAGGGUGAGGAGAGACGGAAAGGCAAGUAAAAGAGACAGGGAAGCGACAACGCGGAGAGAGAGAGGCGCAGCCGGGAAGAAAGAAGAGGGAGAGAUCGAGGAGAAGACACAGAGUGCCGUCUCGCGGAAAGAUAAAUAAAAGAAACGUGAGAGGAGAAAAGAGGGCAACGAGGGGACGCUGGAGAGCCACCGGAGAAAAAGAAAAGGAUCGCGGGGGGAAUCGCGUGAGAAGAUAAAGAUAAAGAGUAAGAGAAAUAGAGCGGAGCGGAGGAGAACAGGCUAAGAGAGGAGAGAGGCUAAACGCGCGAGGAGUACGAGCGGAUGAACCGGGCACUCGACGAUAUUACAGAGGAGCGAACGUGUCCUCCUAGAACAUCGCGAAUAUCCGGUUCCUGGUUGCACUGGACGACACGCGAUAAUGCACCACGCUAGCGCACUACUCCCGCGAUCUCUGGUCCGUACGUCGAAGGAUCGACCCCUGCUCGCGCGCGCGCGUCCGGAGAGAGAGUGAAGAUCCCGGCCUCGAAUCACGCCUCGGCUGCCAUCUUCUACCUACGCUGGGAGUCUGGAGUAUGAAAAUAUUCUCCGCCACCUCCUCCACCGGCCCCCUACCGCUCUGCUUCGUGCUCCAGCCCCCUCUUUGGCAACCCCUUGCUCUCUUCCUCCCUCUCGGGCAAAGAGGAAAACCGAGGGAAACAGAGAAACGGGAGAAGCUUGCGACCCCUCUCGUCCCUAGAAACGAAGAGGGAGACCGAGAUACAGAGAUAGAGAGAGAGAGGGAGAGAGAGAGGAGAGGAACCUCCGCACCCCUCCGAGCCCACGGCUCUCGCUCGGACCGCUUCUCCUCUCGCGUUCUCUCGUCGUUCCCUGCCUCUCCGCGUCCCUCCGCGACCCUCUGUUCUCCAGUGUUCCCCUGUGUGCCACCCCCGCGGAUUCUAGAGCGGCUUGCAGCCACCACCACCACCACCACCACUACCAUCAGGCAGCAUUGCUACCGGCGCGGCGCGGCGCGGCGCGGCGGCUUGGUACCACCUCUUAUCGAUUCCUGCGCCAUUUCCCGUCAUUCCUGUCAAAUCAAUAACGCACGGCGGUGGCGGCGGUGGCGGCGGCCACCGUGGCUCCUUCUUCGCCACGGAUCAGGCGCCGAUACAGAGAUGCGAAAUCCCCUAGCCGAGAGAGCACCAGCCUCUCCUCCUCUUCUCUCGGGUUUGCCCUUCUCCUCUGGUACCACGGCUCUCCGUACCCCUACUCUCAUUCUCCUCCUGCUCCUCCUCUUCGUCUUCCUCCUCGGUCUCUUUCUCGAGCGGGGGCUGCUGUUGCCCGGUGUUCUCUGGCAGCCGGUGCACCAUUUUCCACCGGGCGACGCCAUGCCACGAUCACGAACCACCGCCUGCCAGAAAGAUGGGACACUGGCCGCCUCACCUGCAUCCCUGCAUCCCUGGUUACCUCUGCUGGACCUCGUCGCCCGGACGUUGCUCCUCACUCGCUCACUUGCUCUCGCCUGCCUCGAUUCUCCUACUCUAUCCCCGACGAGCUUUAGCUCCCGGUCUCUGUGUUUCUCUCUCUUUCUCUCUGUCUGUCUGUCUGUAUGUCUGUCUGUCUGACUGUCUCUCUCCCUUCCUCCCUCUCUAUCUCUCUCCCUUUAUUCCGUCUCGCUCGACAGCGUUACGCUGGACCGACUCGAGGCACCCACAUCUUCUGGAACGUCUAACUGGAUCUACUUAUCCCAGCGGAUCGUGGACCGGCAAGCAGACCUCCCACCGACGCGACGCAUGGGAAGACACGCUCCGCUUGAUCGGAGAAGACAGACGGAGACGGGAUAGGAGACACUGGGCCGGAUCGUACGUAGCAGCCAAAGCUGAAGCGCCAAGGGAUCUACUCUUCUUCGUCCAAGGAUAUAUGCGAAGUCGGACAAGCCUUGGUACGGGUCGCUCGAUGAUCAGCCAUUGUGUUACGGAUCAAUUAAUUAUUGGACGAUACGGUAUGGGUAAGUCGGUAAUCCGCGAAAACAGUAUGAAUCAGUUACUAGAUAGACAAAGUAGCGCGUAUCUGUCAAAUGCAUAGUUAGAUAAAGUGCUAUGCAGCAGUCGAAUGGUCGGACAAAGUAGUAUGCAUCAGCCAGAUGGUCGGACAGAGUAGUGGGGAUAAGCCUGGAGUCGGACACAGUUAUGCGAGUCGACUAAGUAGUAUACUCCAUCCAAUGUUCGACCAGAGUAGUAUAGAUCGGCCAUUGGUCGGAAGAAGCCAUAAAGCACUUUCUACGAUGAAAUUACUUGAACGAAAAAUAUCCAUUGCAGAUCGCAGACACGUCGCAAGGAAAACUGCAGAAUUGUAUCGUCACGGAGAAACAUUUCGCCCGAGAUGAAUUUACGUCUUUUGAUCCGGCGGGCUAUAUAAGCAGAAUUCCAACGACCACCUCGAGCGUUUCAGAGACACGCUGGGAUUGGCCGAAUGCAUGUGUCACGGUAAAGUCGCGGGCAACCAUUCGCUGGCGCGAACUUCGAAGAUAUUCCGGGUGUCCGAGAGAGGUUGUCGAUGCUCGGCGAGACGGCCAAAGAAAAUUCGAGCGAUUUCCGAGGCGGGAAAGUCGGCCGCGACUGCCGUCACACGCCGGUGACUAAUGGAAACCGGAGGAAAUAACAGAAUCAGAUAUAUCGGGGGCGAACGGCGGGAACGGUUGCCCUGAAUUACGGUCCCGCAAGUAACGCGCAUCGCCACGCCUAUGUAUAUUCACCCGAGAUUAUGUAACUGCCGAUGUUACAAGUUAUUUGCAGCGGAACGGAACGCGAUGCGACGUCAUUUUACGCGGCGCAACGAUGUUCGAUAGCCGAGGAUUUAUUGACGCUGCCGCGCGCGCGAUCCCAUCCGAAAUUUCCUCCUACCGGAAGUCGCAUCAGGUGCAAGGGGUGCUGCAUCGUGUUUUUCAUUGCCGAUCGUCGAACUAAUUUUUAAGCAUCCGCACUGCGUCAGAAGACCGUUGACCGCGAAGAUGCAACUAGGCUGCUCGCGGUUUCCAUCCUGCUUCGAAUCGGCCCUUCAUACCAUAAUUCAUAAUAACCAACGGACGAGCCUUGACGUCGAACCACAACCACGCCGAGUUUCCCCUUUGAUUUACACGCGGCUAAGUCGUUCUGCCGCUCAGUUUUUCGACAUCUGCUAACGAAAGACGUGCCCCGUCCGCGUGUCUUGUUUGGGACUCGUGGUACGUCGUUCGAACUGUCAUCGACUCGAGCUAGUUUUCUCGCAUCGGUCACUGUUUCAUACAACUUUCCGUGGUCAUUACCCGACCAUUUGGUUAUUCCGUAGUACUCUGAUCACCUGCUUCUCGAGACCAUUCUAUCCGACUACCAACUGACUCGUACUACUUUUUCAGACGACUGCAGCAGGUUCAAGAAGAUGAGGAAUGGAAUCGGUGUUGGUCGGAUUACCGCUGAGGACUAGAAAACAGGAUGAGCAUCCUGAAUUGAUAAUCGCUGGUUGAAGGGGAGACUUUCGCCAGUGGUGUUCGUAGAUUCUCCGGAUUUCGGUCGGUCGUCUAGACGGGAGACGAUACACGGAGCGGAACGCCGACGUGUUUUAAUAAUUUACGACGGAACUGCCGGGCGAUCUGAUAAUCCGGCGUCAGUCAUUUUCAGAAAACUUAGCCUCGAAGCCUCGCCCCCUUCUAUAACCGAGAAGCCCGGGAGAAAAGCGGCUCGGUCGGCGCACUCCACAGAGGCGGCUGCGACGGCGUCGGCGUCGUCGUCGUCGUCGGCGGCGUCGGCGGCGUCGACGGCGCCCAGUUAUCUCGGUGAAUCGCGCACGUAGACCAGUUUCAAGUAAAUUGAUUGCAGCCUAAGAUUUCGCCGGAGCGAAACGAGCCCAUUAUCGUCCGCGGAAAAGUGGCUGGAUAAGGCUGAACGAGCUUUCCUGCCCUUUCCGCUUCGGCGUGUCGUGGCUGACGCGCGUACCCGCUGCAGACCAGCACCCCUCCCUCUCUAUCUCUCUCUCUUCUCUUCCCUCUCUUGCUCUCUUGCUCUUCUCU